UGUUUUUUUAGGGCUGAGGCGGGGGCUGUUUCGUAUAAAAGGGCGCGACAGCAACACAGGCAGCAGCAGCCAUCUGGCUCGAGAAGUGAGCAGACAUGAAGUUCUUGGUUGUGGUAGCAGCGGUGGUGGCGUGCGCUGGCGCUCGCUCCAUCAACGCCGGUUGGGUCCUUCCGGCAGGCAACAUCGGCACCUCGGGCAUCCUGCGCAAGGAUGGCUCCACCGAUCUGUUCAGCCAUGAGUUUGCUCACAGCAUCAUUUCCAUCGGACCCGCUGGCAUCAUCCUGAAGAACGGCCCACCCGUUCAGCUCGACGCCGACCUCAAGAUGGUGGGCCGCAGCAAGCGCUCCACUGCUGGAUUCGUCAAUAAUGCUGGCAACAUCGGCCGCUCCGGAAUCGUGCGUAAGGAUGGUACUAUUGAGCAGUUCAGCCAUGAUGUGGCCCACGACAUCGCCUGUCUUUGGCCCAGUGGCAUCAUCUUGAAGAAUGGCCAACCCAUCCACCUGAGCGAGAACCUUAACACGAUGGGCCGCACCAAGCGCCAUAGCGUUGGACCCAGCGGGAUGAUCCCAGUUUGGGGUCAGCCCACCCAGUUCAAGGAACCCUUCGCCACGAUCGUUCUCGAGGGUCCAAGUGGCUUCCACCUCUCUGAUGGCACACUUGUCCAGAAGCCCCUUAGUAAGUGGCACUGACCAGCGCAGUUCCAUGGCCAACUGGCCACGCACUUCUUCACCACAAACAUGUUUCAUACGGAAUAACAGUCGUUAUGCAA